AUGGCACCGAAUUUUGCGGGGUUGUCCGGCAGGAAACUGUCGCUGACUAUCUCGACUGUUGCCACUAUGGGGUUCUUGUUGUUCGGAUAUGACCAGGGUGUUAUGUCCGGUAUCAUCAGUGACGAGGCGUUUAACAAUGUAUUCACGGCCACAAAAGGCGAUUCAACAAUGCAAGCGCUCGUGACGGCCGUUUACGAACUCGGCUGUCUGGCGGGAGCUAUCUAUGCGUUGGUGUUUGGGGAUCGCAUGGGACGACGGUGGAUGAUCUUCACUGGCGCUAUUGUCAUGAUCGUCGGUGUGAUCAUCCAGGUCACCUCCUUCGUGGGCCACAUCCCCCUGCUGCAGUUCUUCUUCGGUCGUGUCAUUACCGGUAUUGGCAACGGCAUGAACACCUCCACCAUUCCUACCUACCAGGCUGAGUGUUCCAAGACCAGCAACCGUGGUCUCCUCAUCUGUAUUGAAGGUGGCAUCAUUGCCAUCGGCACUGCGAUUGCCUACUGGAUCGACUUCGGUGCGCACUACGGCCCUGACGACCUGGUCUGGCGUUUCCCCAUCGCCUUCCAGAUCUUGUUUGGUCUCAUCAUCGUCGUCGGCAUGUGGUUCCUUCCCGACUCGCCCCGCUACCUCAUUUCCAAGGACCGCAUCGAAGAAGGCGAAUACGUCCUUGCCGCCCUGGCCGGCUGCGAAGUCCACGACCGCGAGACCCAGGUUCAGAAACAGCUCACUCUCGAGUCACUCCGGGCCUCUGGCGCUCUCGGCCAAAAGACUAGCUUCCGCGAUCUCCUGACUGGUGGACCUAGUCAGCACUUGCGCCGCAUGCUCGUUGGCUCUUCGUCCCAGGUCUUCCAACAACUCGGCGGUUGCAACGCCGUCAUUUACUACCUCCCUGUCCUGCUGAAGUCCAACUUGCACCAGGACAACGACAUGGCUCUCUUGAUUGGCGGUAUCAACAUGAUCGUGUACGCCAUUUUCGCCACCUUCUCUUGGUUCUUCAUUGAGCGAAUCGGACGCCGCAAGCUGUUCCUCGGUGGCUCUUUCGUCCAAACCAUCGCCAUGGUGAUCACUUUCGCCUGCUUGAUCCCCGGCGACGAGGAAACAUCCAAGGGCGCUGUUUUCGGUCUGUUCCUGUACAUGGCCGCCUUUGGUGCCACUUGGCUGCCCCUCCCCUGGUUGUAUCCAGCUGAGCUGUCCCCCGUGCGCACGCGAGCCAAGGCCAACGCCGUGUCCACCUGCAACAACUGGCUGUUCAACUUUGCUGUCGUGAUGUUCACGCCUGUAAUGGUCGACGCCAUCGGGUGGGGUACAUAUCUGUUCUUCGCUGCCUGGAACGCCCUUUUCAUUCCCGUCAUCUGGUUCUUCUACCCCGAGACCGCAAACCGCAGUCUCGAAGAGAUCGAUCUUAUUUUCGCAAAGGGAUACCACGAGAACAUCAGUUAUGUCCGUGCCUCGCACGAGCUGCCCAAGCUGUCCGACGACGAGAUCGAGGCCGAGGCUGCUAAGUACAAUUAUACGCCCGAGACCGAGGCCGAGGUCGAGAAGGGGCAUGUCUCGCCUACUGGUAGUACCAGUGAGGAUGCAGGACCUCGUGCUUAA